ACUAGCUCUCACUCCGCAUGUUUUGAUGACGUAGAACACAACGUCUGAGGAAGCUCAUGGAUUUAUACAGAAGAAGCGACCAGACUUCUCCAAAGUCUAGUCCAAGGGGCUCUCGAUCACCUGCCAUACCAAGACAAGACUCGACUGGAACACUCAAAACAACCAUUGCACUCGGAAAGAAUCCGGCAAUCAUACAGAAAGGCCCUUUUUACCUUAUGAAAGAGCCACCAGAUGAAGCCAAGUUGACAGGGAACACCAACUUGCUAUCUUACCAUGGGUUGGAGCAUUCCUACAACAAGUUCUGUGGCAAAAAGAUCAAAGAAGAACUUAAUGCAUUCUUGCCAAAUCUUCCAGGAAAUAUCGAUGCACCUGGAAUUCAAGACAACAGCUCUCUCCGCUCUUUGAUAGAAAAGCCACCUAUAACUGGCAAGGAAUUGAUUCCUUUAUCUGGAUCAGCAUUAGCAGGUUUUAGACUACACCCUGGGCCACUACCAGAGCAAUACCGUCUCAUGCAUCAGAUGCCUCCUAAAAAGCACAAACAUAAAAAGAAACGGAAAGAGGAAACAAAAGAAGGGCCAUUGCAAGAAAAUCAAGAUAAUGCGUCAGAAGCCAGUGUGGAACAGAAGACGAAACAUAAAAAGCAAAAACGAAGUGAUGAAGAGAGAGAAAAACGGAAAAAGAAAAAAGAAAAGAAGAAGAAGAAACAAAAGCACAGUCCAGAACACCCAGGUCCAUCCACAGAAGGAAGCUCAAAGAUUACAUAGUCUCUGUAAAACAAGGACCAUAUGGAACAGCAUAGGAAAGUUCACUCAACUACAGCGUGGACAUGGUCUUUUUCAUAUCAGAAAUAUGCAGUGAUGGCAGCUAUAUACCACAGAAAAACCAGUAAUGUCAGUUAACUCAGAUGUCACCAGAGUACAAUGGGGGCAUCCAGAAACAGCACAGUUAAAUCAGUAUUUAUUUAAACUCCGGAAGUCAGGAUUGGAAUACUGUUGGUCUCUUUGAUUACUUUUGUCUCCUGGGUUUCUGUCAGUUUGCCCUAGAUUAUAGUCAUGUAUUGGGAAAACUGGGACACAGUGGCCUCAUUAUUGAGAAGUGCAAGCACUCUUUACUGUCAGCAGUUCGUCGUUUUUUACCAUGGUUACAGUUGGAACAUUGCUAGAUGGCAUCUGUGUUGUCAAGGAUAAUCAAUAUAGUAUCUUAAAGAGUGAAAGCUUUUUUUUCCUCAAUUUUUGAAGGUAAACACCAUUCAGUCAGGAGGUGUCUGGGUUGAGGUGAGAAAAUUGUCACAGAUGCCUUGUUAGUGUUAGUGCUGUCACCUCUGCAAAGAGGAAUGGGGUGCAGGGCAGGCCAGGUGGUCUUGUCUCAUGACUCACUUUUCACACGGUUCUUUCCACUUCAAAACACAACCGUUCAAGCCAGGAGUUUGAUCAGAGACAGACCAGUAUCAAAGUCUAGUCACUUACAUUACCCCUGUCAUACCAUGACUUCCAGUGGAUUUACAUACUUUAAUUGCAGUUAAGGACUAGUAUCACAUGUUUUACAUGUCCAAUGCUGUAUCUUGUAUAAACUGUACAUCUUUGUUAAUACACUCUUGUUCAUUUUGUAAAUAACUUGUAGAUUUUUAUAAGUAAAAUUUGAAAAACUACUGUAUGUCUGAAAUAUAUUUAUC